AUGGUGACUCCAAUCCGCCGGGCGCUGGCCACUUGCGUGCCCCUCCUGUGGUUUGUACGGGUGGCCGAUGGGAUGCCGGACCCUGCUCAGAGGGACCUGCUGACGAGGCAGGAGACCUCCAGGCAGACGGGGGGCCGGGUGACGCUGACGGCGGCCGAGCUGAAGCUGGACGUUCAGCUGCGUCGUUUGAAGGAGCGAGAGAUGUCCGCUGCUCCGUUCCCACCGGCCGUCCACUUCUUCAACGCAAAGCCUCUCAUCCAGGAGAGUCCCGUCUUCAAGCUGCUGCAGGAGAUGCCUAAAGGUGCGGCCCUACACGUCCACGCCUCCUCUCUGGUCGGCGUUGACUGGCUGGUGAAGAACGUCACCUACCGGCCUCACUGCUACGUCUGCUUCACCUGGGACAACUCGGUCCGCUUCGUCUUCUCCGACCGCCGGCCGUUCCCGCGAUGGGACUGCGUCUACUGGCAGCUGCUUGAGGCCCUGAGGGCCCGACUAGGAGACCCCACGGGCUUCGACGACGGUUUAAUGCAGCACCUCACACUGUUCACCGAGGAUCCGGAUGGUGAAUACCCGAGCCAAGAAGUCGUGUGGGAGAAGUUUGAGAGGGCCUUCGUCGCAGCCGCUGGCCUGAUCACCCACGCGCCCGUGCUGAGGGACUACUUUUACAAGGGCCUGGAGGAGCUGCUGCACGACAACAUCUUGUAUCUGGAACUCCGGAGCGGCCUCUCAAAGACGUAUGAGCUGGAUGGAGCCGUUCACGACAAGGUCUGGACUCUGAAGACGUUUCGGGAAGUCACGAGGACCUUUAGAGCGGAUCAUCCGGACUUUCUCGGGGCUCGUGUCAUCGUCUCUGUGCACAGGGCUCUGAGUGUAUCUGAGGUCAAAGCGGCCGUGAAAGAGGCCAUUCAGCUCCAAAAGGACUUCCCGGAUGUGGUCGCAGGGUUUGACAUGGUCGGCAGGGAGGACGGCGGGCGCGCUCUUUGGUACUUCCGGGAGGCGCUUUCUCUGCCGGCUGACCUCGGGGUCACGCUGCCGUAUUUCUUUCACGCGGGCGAAACGGAUGACGAAGGCACCGACGUGGAUCAAAACAUCCUCGACGCCCUUCUGUUCAACACCACGCGCAUCGGGCACGGCUUCGCUCUGGCUCACCACCCGCUCGCCAAAGAGCUUUCCAGGAAGAGGAACGUGGCCGUGGAGCUGUGCCCGAUCUCAAACCAGGUGCUGAGGCUGGUAUCGGACCUUCGGAACCACCCUGCAGCGGUGCUGAUGUCAGAGGGUCACCCGAUGGUGAUCAGCUCCGAUGACCCGUCUCUGUUCGGCACCACGGGCCUCUCCUACGACUUCUAUGAGGCCUUCGUUGGCAUCGGAGGGUUGAGGGCAAACCUGGGCACUCUGAAGGAGCUGGCGCUUAACUCCAUCAGGUACAGCUCCCUGCCGGCUCACCUGAAGGACGCGGGUCUCGUCAUGUGGCAGAAGAAAUGGGACGCCUUCAUCUUUAAUAAUUCGUGACGACCAAACCGGAUCCUCUCGCACUCCGGAGGAGGAUUGUGAUCUCGCCGUGUUUAAACAAUUCAAAUAAAAAUGCUCCCCUAGAACUGCUGUGCCUUUGUAAACAAGACCCCGAUACUUCUUUUGGUUUGACGUAGGAAAGCAGGUGCUGUAGUUAUCAUGAAGCACCAUUUUUUUUUCUUAUCUUGAAACGACUGCAAAGCUGAGAAAGGC